AUGCACUAUAAAUUUAAUUUCAGCUUAUCAAACACAGCUGCAAAGGUUAUAUCAACUUCACUAUUAAAGGCGAGGCGUCUUCAAACACUUGAUCUAUCGUGCAACCCACUCAGUCCCAGUGAUGCGUUGAAGAUUCUAAACACCUUGAGAAAGCCAACUGUAAAAUUACUUAAUUUGCAUAUGCAAAAUAUUAUCGUGGAUUUGAAUUUUGUUCAGGAAAAAGAAGAAAUAUUACAACUACCUUAUAGGAAAAAUACAAAAGUUUCACACGGCGAAGUGCUACACAAUUACACGCUUUCAUUACCAGAUAUACGACCCCUUAUAAUGAAAAGAAUGGACUAUCUCACACAAAAGGGGAAGAAAACUAAGCUGGAUAUCGCGCUGUACUUCUUACAACUCCGAAAAUCAGUUGAUAUAGUACAACCGCGUGAUAUCCUUCGAGACCUAAAGCUCGCUGGGACUCCUGUCGACGAAGACCUCGUCAACCAGCUCACGGAAACAUUUCCCGGACCAGUCAUAGAUAAGGGAACGAAGACUGUUAAACUCGACGGUAUCAUAGAAAUGAUAAGGAGACUAUGGCCAGACAAGAAACUUCCUCCUACGCCACCGCCAGAGCAAGCACCGCCAGAGCAAGCACCGACGGCGGUAGUUAAAAAAGGCAAGAAAGGCCAAAAGAAGUUCAAAUAA